AUGCUAGACACAGCUAGCAAUGGGAACUUCCUCAACCAGGAUGUAGAUGAUGGCUGGCAACUUGUGGAGAACAUAGCUAACUCAAAUGGAAGCUAUGGAGAAGAGUAUGAUCGCACCAACCGGAGCUCGACCCACCACUCGAUCGAGUCAGACGAAAAGUUGAGAAAAGAUGUUAAGGCAUUGAAUGAGAAGUUGGAUAAGCUGAUCCUAGCUCAGUCCACAAUGAAGAAAGUCAACUUUGUGUCUGCUGAGGAGAUGGAACCAGUCCAAGAAGGGGAGGAUACACAAUUUGCUGAGGUGUGCUACAUGAGCAAUGGGCAAGGAGGUUACAACAAAGGAUACUAUAAUUACAAGUCCAACCCUGCCAUGUCAUACCGCAACACUGAUGUUGCUAAGCCUCAGGACCAAGUAUAUCCUCAACAACAAGCAGCUCGAUCGAGUCAGGCUUCCCCCACCAACAGCCCCAGCCUGCACCUUCACAAGAGAAUGAGCUCAAAGCAAUGUGAGAACCCCAAGGAACAGUGGAAGGUAAUCUUCACUCAAGAAGGACUUGUUGAAGAAGAGGAUCAAGAAAGGGUCAUUGAAGAUUUUUGUUUACUGCUGAAUGAUGAAGAGAUUGUUGCUGCUGAGGCUCCUGGAGUCCAGAUUGAUCAACCAGAAGUGCAUGCACCUACUGUGGCCAUUCACACUUCACCAGUUGAGCUCGCACGGCAAGCUCGAUCGGCAGCUCGAUCGAGUCCAACUCUAGCUCGAUCGAGUCCGACCUCUUCAGUCCGACAGCCUGUUUUGCUUGAUCCUUAUCAACCGGUUGCCGCUUCCUCGUCUUGCCUACUUAGUCAAGGUCACAAGGAAGUGAUUCACAAGUUCAGAAGAGAUCUCAGUGGGAUUGGAAUUGAGUUGCCUACUAUGGAUAGCAUGAGUGAGGCAUUUGAUCAAAUGCAAAUGGUCAAAGAUCAAGGGAAAUUCACUCUCCCUUGCACACUUGGGCAUCUUGAGAUUGACAAUGCCUUAGUGGAUUCUGGAGCAAGCAUCAAUCUGAUCUCUCUCUCCAUGGCGGAGAAGCUAGGCAUAGCUGGAGCCUUGCAGCGCCCUACUACUUCAAUCAUGUUUGGAGAUGCAACUUCUAAGUCUCCUCUUGGAGUGUUCAAGAACUAUCACUUGAAAAUUGGAGAAUGCAUCAUCCAAACUGAUCUCACUGUGAUGGAAAUGGAAGAAGAGAAGGAUUUGCCUUUGUUAUUGGGAACCCCUUUCCUUAGUACAGUUGGCGCUUCAAUUGACUUUCACAAGCAAGAAGUGAUCCUUCACAAGGUUGUGAAGGAAAGGGUUGACAAGGAACCAAGAGUUGGGAAGGAUAAGGAUGAGAGAGGACCAAGGAUUGAGAAGCCACGUCUUGAGAGGGCUAGAGUUGAGAAACCACGAUCUGAUAGGCCAAGAGCUGAUAGACUUGUUCAAGCCCCUUGUGUGCUUGAUGAAGAGAGCCUUCAAGCUUUGUUUGAUGAGCCACUAGGAAGGGCUCUAAAAGAAGGGGAGGAUGCAGCCUCUAAGGCAAGACCAGGUGAUAAAAGAAAGGAUCCACCAGCUCAGGCCCCUUCAGUCAAGCCAUCUCAGCUCACAAUGACUUUGUUCCCCACCAUCUCAGCUCACAAUAGGUGUCAAAGGAGCCAGCUCGAUCGAGCUCGUCGAGCUAGAAACCAGGGCAACUCGAUCGAGCUACACAACUCGACCGAGCUAAGUUUUUGA